AUGUUUGAAGGGUUGAUUGAAAAAAUUCUCCUUGCCAAACUUGGAAAAUUCAUAGAAGGUUUAAGCAAAGAUAGCUUAAAAGUUGGGAUUUUAAGCGGCGACAUCACUCUAGAAAAUGUUUUCUUAAAACCUGAUGCCCUUCUGAUGAUGCAAAUCCCUAUCAUCAUCCGAUACGGCUGCAUCAAAAAGCUUGCAGUCAAAAUUCCAUGAUCAAAAUUAUCAGAAUCUCCAGUCGAGCUAGUUCUUGAAGGUCUUUAUAUUGUUGUAAUUCCUCAAGAGAAAAGUGAAUGGGAUUAUAGUGAGCAAGGAGAAAUCAUUAAAAGGAAAGAAUUUAUGCAUUUUCCCUUAAAUUGCCUUCUAUAUCUAUAUAUUAUUUGCUAGCUCCCCACUGUAAGGGGGCAAAUGAUAAGAAAAAAGCCUUAUAUUUUGGGACAAAAAACCUCUAUGAACCUGUAAAUUUUUUUAAUACAAAAGUUUUAUAGAAAAAAUAUACAAUGGCAAUUAUUAUAAUAAAAUCUCGGGCUAAUUAUAUUAGAUUUAACAUCUUGUGUCCUAAAACAUAAAAUUAUUUAUUCUUUACAGUUUUUGCGAAUUGAAAAAAAAUUAAAAAAAUAAUCUCGCUGUGAGAGAUCAAAUUUUCAUAGAGCAGGAAUAAACAAAUAAACCCUAAAUUUAUCAAUGGACAACUCAAAGGAAAAAACUAUAUAGAAGCAUGCGAAACCAAAAGAAAACAAAUUCAAGAACAAAAACAGCUAUCAGCAGAAGACGAAGUAAAACAAAAAUCGUUUAUUGAAAAAUUGACAUUGAGAAUUGUAGAUAACCUUAAAUUGACUAUAAAAGAUAUCAAUGUGAGGUUUGAGUAUAUGAUAGAAGACAGAUGUUUUUCUGCUGGGAUUACAUUGAAUAGGAUCGAAAGUUUUACAACAGAUGCUAAUUGGACUGCAUUUUUUACAGAUAGAUUUCAAGCAGGCCAAGACAGCGGAAUUAUAAACAAGCUGGUAAACAUCGUGAAUUUCUCGAUUUAUUGGAAUAGUGAAGAUUCAAAUUUAUUAAACUUUUUGAGCUCAAAAGAAGAAAUACAAAAAUGCUUGAAGCUGCAAAUUGAUAAAUAAAUUCAAAAAGACUAAUCUUUCUAUAUAAAUUAAUACUCCUAUUUCUCUAUAGAAUAUUUUUAUAUUAAUAAUAAAUUAAAAAUAAAAAUUAUUAAAAAGGCAUAAUUGUGAAAGCAAUCAAAAUAUUAUCUCUCCUAGUAAUUUAUAAUUAGUCACCGCACAGGUAAAAAUCACCCAUUACAACUUAUGGUCAGGAUUUGAAAAUCCUCAAUACAAAAUCUUACUUAUUUUCCCUGACGUAAAAUUUGUUUACAAGCAAAACCAAUUCCACGAUUGUGUCAAAUUAUUUGAAUACUUCGCUGAUUUCAACCAAUUCAUACUAAAAAUGUAAUUUCUAUGAAGCGAACAUAAGAAAAAAUUCAAAGCUUGAAGCCCUGACAUAAAAAAUGCUAGAAAUCUCUGACAAUUUGCUAUCAACUGCGUUUUAAAAUCAGUCAAACAAAAGAAAAACAGGGCAAUUGAUAUGUUCAAGCUCACAAAAUCAAAAAAAGAUUACUAUCAAGAACAGUUUAAAAUGCUCAGCCGUGAAUUGCGCCAAAAAGGCUCGUUAUCUAAAGAAAAAGAAGAUCUCUAUAAUAAAAUUAUUUUCAUAUCAGAAUAUGACGAUCUUUCUGAAUGAACCAAUCAUGUUAUAGCUGUUGUCGAGCAUGAAGAAGAAGCCAAAAAAAAUAAAAAAACCAGUUGGUUCAGCGUAUUUGGGAAAAAUAAAGACAAAGCUAAAGGAAAUGAAGAAGAAAAAUAUGAAGAAAUUUUUAAAAAUGUAAACAGCUCAGCUUCACUUCAAGAUAAUAUUCCUCCAAGCUAUGUAUGGAUGAAGCUUGAUUUUGAGCUUCAUCAGAGCUCUAUUGAGAUUUCUAAAAAAAAUGUAAAAGGGGAAAACGAGAAAAUUGUAUUUGUGUGCCAAAAUUUGUAUUAUCAUUUGGACAUGAGAAGAGAUGGAGGGGAUAUGAGCUUGAAUAUUCAUGAUCUUUAUUUGGCUUCAAUAGAUGAAAAUGAAGAAAUUAUUAUUUGUAAACAUUGCAGGGCAUUAAUUAUAGUAUUUAAGGUGUGCCACACUCAUUAUAAAGAUGAGCAUUUCUGAUCCAAAAGGUCAGAAUAUCCCAAAUGAACCAGCUGCCAUCCUGACUAGCAUUUCUCACCUGCCGCGAUGCUUUCGCCCUUGCCUGACUUAACUCCUGUGUGUGUUCCGCUUAAGGAUUACCCAUCUCAGAUGUGCUGAGAGAUAAAAAUCUGAGCCUCUUGGUUCACUGUGUGAGCAUUUCCUCUGGUUAUCCCAAAGUUAAACCACUGUUGCUGUGCAGAAGUUCUCAUGAGAAAAUCCCAUAAAUAAAAUUCCAUGAGAGAUAGAAAAUUAGCAGAGCUAAUUUCUCUCGAGCCAAUGCCUAUUUAUUAUUAUCUGUAAACAGUUGAGCCAAAGUGAAACACCGUUUAUAAGAGCUGCGAUAAAUCUAAAGCCACUUGAUUUAGAUGUAGCAUGUCUUUUAAUUGUGAUUUUCCUCAUUGGGUAAAUUUUUUUUCAUUAAAAGUUGCUUUUUCUACCAAAGGCCAGACGAAGAAAAACCUUCCUAAGAAAUUCCUGCAGAGGGAAAUUCCUGAGGAAAAGUAAAGCAAUCUAUUUAGACUGUGCUGCAUAUUUUGCAUUCAGGUCGCAGCCAUUUGAAGUUAUUUAUAACUCAAAAGCAUUGUCCAGGAUUUUAUCGUUUUUUGUAGUCCCAAGCUCUCACCAAGCUGCUAAAGUCAUCGCAGGGGAUAUUCUUCAAUCAAUUGCAGACACAAGUCAAGAAACAAUUACCGAUCUCCUGUAUGGUGAAUCAAAAUAUAUAGUCAAUAUUUCUGCUUGCGGGCCUAAAUUGAAAUUUCCCUCUAAAAACAAGGUUCUAAUCAUAAGUUUAGGAGAUUUAGACAUUUGCACAGAGGAUAGUUCACAAGAUGAUUAUUAUAGUAGAUAUCAAUGCUCACUAAAAUCAAUUGAAAUGGUAGCUUGCUCAAAAAGAGUAACUACAGAAAUCGUCUCAAAAUUCGACAUUUAUACAUCAAUUGAUUUUUUAAAGUCAAAAUACCAAAAGCGUAAAAAAUACGGGCUUUUUGAACAAAAUGUGACGAGUGUUAAAACAAAAAUUCAGCUGCCACUGCUGAAUAUUACGGUUUCUCCUGCUAUUUAUGAGCAGCUUUUAGAAGUAGAAAAAUCAAUAAAACUUGAAGAUGAGGCUGCCUUAUGCAUUUCAACUGAUAAGGCAGAAAUUCUUAUCCCUUUUAUUCCUAAUAGAAAUAAAAUGGUAACGAUGACGGAAAGUGGACUCCGAGGGGCGCUCCUUAUGGAGGAGGUAGGACCCAUCCUGGAAGUAGGGCCUCUGUCCCGGUGGAAGUAGGCCUUCGGGCUUAGUGAUGCCUUGCCGAAAAUGGAAGUUUUAUUUCUCCCCCGACGGUUUUUCCCUGUCCUGCCAGAUGGGCUAGACAGGUUUUGCAUACCACAUGGUCUUUACUCAUCGAAAUCAUCGGGGUGCUAUCUAGGAGCGGCUCUGUCCAGGGCGAGCUAAUCCCCUGGGCAGGUGGCUCAGGUCGGAAAUCCAAAAUGGCGUCCUCAGAUGCCAUUUUAGAGCCGAGACGAGGCUGAUGGUCAGCGCCUGCUGGAGCGCUUAUGGCCGGAUACAUAAUAACUUAACUUAAUUUUUAUUUCUAAUGAGCAUUUUUUAUUAUAGCAAUCUAAAUAUUGCAUAUUUAAAAUAAAUUGAUAUAAAAAUUCUUUAUUAUCAUCGCCCUUACAAAAACUUGGAACCAUUACAUUACAUUAUUACUCUGGUAUUUAAGGUGUCUAGUGCCCGCACCCCUAUAAAAAGGGCUAUAGCUAAACUAGUGACGUCACCGAGCCAUCUUGGAUUAACGAUGGUCAGCCCAUCGCCCAAGCCUUCUAUCAAAGCUUCGCCGCCAGUCUUCGCCGCACGUCUCACCCGGCGCGUUCCGAUGCCUUGUCUUACUCAGCUCCUGCGCGUGUUCCGCCUAAGGGUCAUCUUCCCGUGGAGAUGUGCUGAGAGGUGAAAACCCUGAGCCUCUUGAGUGCACUGACUCCCCCCCCCCCCUCCGUGAGUGAACAAAACCAUUAGAAAAAUCGCCAUUUUUUGCCCAAAAACCCACCCUCCGUGAGUGAACAAAAAUUUUUUUAAUAGAAAAAUUUUUAUGGAAAAAAAAUUUGAUAUAUUAAUGAUAAUUAGUAUAAUGAAAUCUAAAACUAAUUCUGUUUAUAAAAUUUAUAUAUAAAUUUUUUUAAAAAAAAAAAAAUUAACCCCCCUCCGUGAGUGAACAAAAUUUUUUUGUUCACUCACGGAGGGGGGGGGAGUGAGGAGCAGCCCCUCUGGUUAUCCCCAGAGUUAAACUGCUAUUGCUGUGCAGAAGUUCUCGUGGUAAAACCUAACCCCAUAUAUAAAAUUGCUUGAGGGAGAGAAAAUUGGCAAAGCCAAUUUCUCUCGGACCGAAUGCCAUUUUUAUUUAUAAAACUUGGAACCAAUAUGCAGUUAUGAUAUAAUUAUCAUGCUGUUUUAUCAGAAAGCUAUAUUUAUUUCUUUAAAGACGAAAGUGAUGAAAUCGCUGAUACAAGCUACUACAUCAAAGAUUGCAACCUGAUUUUGCAAGAAAUCAAUAAAAUAAAGCUUGAAAAUCGCUAUGGUGAGUGUAUUUUAUGCUUCUCAUCCCCAGAUCUCUAUGAAAUUUGGUUAAAAACUUUAAAUAAACAAAUAUCUGACCUUUCCUCCACAAAAAGUGCAGCUGUAUCAUUAGAAAGAGCUAGGCCAGGAAACCAUCUUGCCAAUAUAGUAUUUUUUGCCAACGAAAUUAGCUGCAAGCUGCUUGAUGAAGAAGAUUAUUUAUUGUGCGAAUUUAAAUUGAGCGAAAUUAUCAAUGAGUUUAAUAUAAGGCCAUAUGACGUCAAAAUUUUGUCUAAACUUCAGCAUUUUGAAAUGAUAGGGUUUAAACAAAACCAUUCUGAAGAAGUCGAGACUUUAGCAAAAAGUUCUGAUGAAAAUGAACUGAUAGGAAUUGAAAUUUUAGUAGCAAAUAGCCAAUCGCCAUAUUUUAAAGGAGAAGAUAUAAGCUUAACCAUAAGAUUUGGGAGCCUGAAUGUGAUUUUUAACCCAGAUUUAAUAAGAAAAAUUUUUUGGUUUUUUACACUGACGCCAAAAAAUGAAGUCAAAAAAUCAUCUAAAACUGCAUCGAUAAACCCUGACCAUAUCUUGUGCCAUACCAUAAUUUUUAUAAAUUCAAUAUCAGCCACUCUUAUUACAAAUGAAACCCCAUUCCCACUCGCUUUAUCAAAUGUCCAAGAUCUCUAUUUAGAAAUUUUCAUAAAAAAUGGCUCAGUCUCUGUGAUAGGUAGUUUAAAAAAUUUAGAAAUCAGUGACUUGACAAAUUAUCCUUACACUGGGGAGCUUUCUUCAAGUAUGCCUUCUAAGCUGUUUUCUAUAAGACAAAACGAAGAAAGCCUAUUAUCUUUCUCCUUCGUUAGCUAUGAUAAAGAUAACUUUAAGAAGCCAGCUGAUAGGGACUCAAUAUUAGAUUUAAAUAUGAACUCAAUUUGUGUGAAUUUUAUGCAGCAGCCUGUUAUGAGACUUAUUGAUGUUUUUAUGAUGAAAAUUUUGACAAUGUUUGAUAGCAAAAAAUUAAUUGCGGACUAUUUAUCAAAUGAUGUGAAUUUUACGAGCAUAAAUGUGACGGUAAAUAAUCCUUUAAUAUAUCUGAGUCCUUAUCCUGGCCAUAAUGGAAUUUUUGUGGUAGAUUUGGGAAAUAUUCAAUUAUCAAAUAAAAGAUUAGAAAAUGAAGGAUUUUUUAAUGAUGUUUAUAUGGUGACCUUAAAAAAUAUGAAUUUAAGGUCAAAUUAUCAAAAAAUUAGUGAGAAUUUUGAGGUCAGGCUAGAUAUUUUGACAAAUGUUUAUUCAGUACUUCAAGAAAACAACCUGGAGUUAGACAGAAGUAUUAAAAUUAUUGGAGAAAGUGACAGAAUAAAGCUCCAUUUUUCUCAAAAUGAUUAUGCUUUAUUGAUGAGGCUUCUAAAAUUCAAUUUAGCCUAUGAUGAUCAAAGGAAUGAUUGAUUCUUUUAUGGUAAAAAUUCAAAUUCUAUAAUAUACAAUGCCCAAAAAUCUUUAAUUUUGCUGUUCAAAAUGUCAAUAAAAGAUUUUUCUAUAUUAUUUAUUGAAAAUUCAAUUAAAAUAUUAGAAGUGUUUGUACUUGGUCAAAAUCUUGAAGUAAAACAAUUUACUGAUAAAAACAUAAAAAUGUCAUAUUCAUGUCAUAAUUUAUGUGGGCUAAUCAAUACAUAUUCUAGCAAAAAUGAGGUAGAAAGACAAAAAACUCAGCAAAUUUUUAGUGUCCCAACAGACAGUGUGAUAAAAAACAUUGAAUUCCAAGAUGAUGGAACCCCAUCCUCUUUAGUUCUUUUUGGCCCAAUAAAUGAUAAUUUUGAAUAUAGUCCACCAAUACUAGACUUGUCAAUUAAUUAUGGAGCUGAUGGAAGUCAAGAUAUUCAUAUAGAAAUGAAUGAAAUCAGGAUUAAUUUUCACCUUGGCAUAUUUUUGGAAUUAUCAAAUUAUUUUUCAAAAAAUUUAGUAUCGCCAGAAGAAUUUGAAAAUAUCACACACAAGUCCCCAUAUGCUUCAAAAAAUAAUUUUUCUCCAAAGCCUUCACUUCACUUUUCUCUUUUUAUAACCUCCCCUAUCAUUGUAAUUCCUUCAUUGGUGACUAAUAGAGUUUUAGCUCUCCAAUCAGAUAUUGAACUUACUUAUUCAAUAAGCUAUUGUUGGCAAGGGACUAAAAUAGAAGAAUUAAUUAUCCAGCUUAUAAAAAUUGAAAAAUUUGAAAUAUAUAGCUGUUUACUUGAUGAUUUAUCAGGAAAAAACUCUUUCCAAAACAUCCAGAAAAGAAAAAUAAUAGAGCCAGUUCAAGUUUCUCUAGAAUUGAAAAAUGAAAAUAUUGAAGGCUUAAUUACAGGUAGAAAUCUUUAUCAAAUCGGCUGCUUUUAUAUUACGAUUUCUUAUAAAGAUUUAUUGCUCAUUAAUGAUGCCUUAAAUAUUCAAUUAGAAUCCAAAGAAAAAUAUGAUGGAAAUUCGGGCCUAUCUAAAAAUAGUAAUACGAAAAAAUAUAUUAUUGAAGAAAAACAAAAUAAAGACAUCACAAAUAUUUUUAGUGUCCAAGGAUUGAAAUUGAUUAUUAUAAAUGAUGCCUCUGGAGCUUAUAGCCCAGUAUUAAAUUUUGAAACUCAACCAUUUUCUUUUAAGAUGUCACAGCAAAAUGAUUUGUGUGAUAUGAGAGGGAUUAUAGAAAUCAAGUCUGAUUAUUAUAAUCCACGAAUUGAUAUUUGGGAGCCUUUCAUAGAGCCAAUUAUGAUUCGGGUUGAAUAUAAGCAUAACCCUAAUCUUUUACCUCAGAAGCAGGCUGUCUUUUUAGUUGAUGAUUCUAACCCUUUCAAUAUAAAUCUUACUGAAGUCAUGAUUUCUCACUUUUUGUGGGUUUCAAAUACCUGAAAUGACAAAAAUUCUCAAAUUUAUAGUGACUGCUUAGAAAAAGUAUCCCCACUCUGCAUAUAUAACGACCUAGGCUACACAAUAAUUGUUGAAAAAAACUCAAAUAUUUCUAAAAAUGACCAUGGUUUUGUUAUGAUAAUUGAGCAAGGCAAAUUUUCUGACUACGAAUUUAAAACUAGUGAUACCAGAGUGAUGGAGUUUUCUCAAAGCUAUUUAAACAUCACAAUCUAUGAUUCCGAAAUCCCUUGUGAGCCCAUCACAAAUGUCCCAUUCAAUAGAGUUCAGUCUUUAACCUACAACUUUUCCUUAAAAAAUCAAAAAUACCCAGUUAUAAUUGAUAUAGAGCUUAAAGAGUCACGAAAGCUUUUAAGAGUAAAAUCCCCAAUUACUAUUAUAAAUCAAACAAAUGCUGAUAUGAAAAUUCUACUUCACAAUGGUUUUAAAACAGAAGAAAAAUUUUGCGAAAUCAGCAAAAGCUGCAUAGUCCCAGUCGAUUUUACUAACUCCCCCCCCCAUCCUUGAUCGAACGACUCGCCGUCGUUCGAUCAAGGAUGGGAGUUAAAAAAAAAUUUUUUGGGAAAAAAAUUUUAUAUAUAAAAUAAAAAUAUAUAUAGAACUUUCUCUUCAAUAGCGCGAAAAGACGUGCAUCCUGGUUUAACUAAAAGGUCUUUGGACAAUAAAAAUCUGCUAUUUCUUCUCCAUAAGAGAGGAAAAUAGUGAAAAUGAAGAUUUCUGUCCGAUCCAGUUUCGAGAACUGGAAGGGAUUAUUUUGUCCUAAAUUAAGAAUACCUGAGUUAUUGUGGGAUUUUGAUUUCCUACAAAAUUUUUUAAUUUUAAUGUAUUUUGGUUCGUCAAAUGGUUUUGACGAGUUAAUUCUGGCAGGCACGUGAAAUGAAAAAAAAAUAAUUAAUUGCCAUAAUUUUUUAAUUUUCUGAUGUUAAGGAUGAUCAGAAAUUUUAAUAAAUGGCACAGGAUCAAAAAAACGAGAUUAAAGAUUAGUGAAAGCAAGCAUAUAUUUUCUAGCUAUAAGACGCCCAGAUAUUUGCUAAUAAAAUAAUAAGAAUUCUAAUAAAUAACUUUUAUAUUUCUCAAAUUAAUUUUUUUAUUUAAAUUUCGCUAUUUGAUGCCAUUGUUUUCUCUUUCUGAAUUUGAACCCAAAUUCAUUUUUGAACAAUUUUUGUUCGUUUAAGUGCCAUCUUGAUUUGCACGCUAUAUAAAAAAAUUAAAACUCUUAAGUCACCAUUUGCGGUUUCAUUGAAAGUAUGAUAUUUGAGAUUUUAAAAUAAGCUAUUUGGUGCCUUUAUUUUCCGCUUUCUGGACUCGAGCACAAAUUCAUUUUUGAACAUUUUUUGUUCGUUUAAGCCGCCAUCUUGAUUUUGUACGCUAUAUAAAAAAAAUUAAAACUCUUAAGUCACCACUUGCGGUUUCAUUGAAAGUAUGAUAUUUGAGAUUUAAAAUAAGCUAUUUGGUAUCUUUAUUUUCCGCUUUUUGGACUCGAGCACAAAUUCAUUUUGAACAUUUUUUGUUCGUUUAAGUGCCAUCUUGAUUUGCACGCUAUAUAAAAAAAUUAAAACUCUUAAGUCGCCACUUUGCGGUUUCAUUCCAAACUUGGUAUUUGAGAACUAAAAUAAGCCAUUUGGUGCCUUUAUUUUCCGCUUUCUGGACUCGAGCACAAAUUCAUUUUUGAACAAUUUUUGUUCGUUUAAGUGCCAUCUUGAUUUGCUACUAUAAAAAAAAAUUAAAACUCUUAAGUCACCACUUGCGGUUUCAUUGAAAGUAUGAUAUUUGAGAUUUAAAAAUAAGCUAUUUGGAACCUUUAUUUUCCGCUUUCUGGACUCGAGCACAAAUUCAUUGUUUAACAUUUUUUGUUCGUUUAAGCCGCCAUCUUGAUUUUUGUAGCUAUAGAAAAAAAAAUUAAAACUCUUAAGUCACCACUUGCGGUUUCAUUGAGAACUUGGUAUUUAAAGUAUUAAAAUAAGCUAUUUGGUGCCUUUAUUUUCCGCUUUCUGGACUCGAGCACAUAUAUUCAUUUUUGAAGAAUUUUUGUUCGUUUAAGCCGCCAUCUUGAUUUUGUACACUAUAUAAAAAUAUUAAAACUCUCUUAAGUCACCACUUGCGGUUUUAUUGUGAACUUGAUAUUUGAGAUUUAAAAUAAGCUAGUUGACAUCUCUAUUUUCCGCUUUCUGGACUCGAGCACAAAUUCAUUUUUAGAUAUUUUUGCUCGUUUAAGCCGCCAUUUUGAUUUUGUACGCUAUGUAAAACAUUAAAACUCUUAAGUCACCACUUGCGGUUUCAUUGAGAACUUGGUAUUUAAAGUAUCAAAAUAGCUAUUUGGUGCCUUUAUUUUCCGCUUUCUGGAAUCGAGCACAAAUUCAUUUUUGAAGAAUUUUUGUUCGUUUAACCCGCCAUCUUGAUUUUGCUCGCUAUAUAAAAUAUUAAAACUCUUAAGUCACCACUUGCGGUUUCAUUCCAAACUUGGUAUUUGAGAACUAAAAUAAGCCAUUUGGUGCCUUUAUUUUCCGCUUUCUGGACUCGAGCACAAAUUCAUUGUUUAAAAUUUUUUGUUCGUUUAAGCCGCCAUCUUGAUUUUGUACACUACAUAAAAAAUUAAAACUCUUAAGUCACCACUUGCGGUUUCAUUGAGAACUUGGUAUUUAAAGUAUUAAAACAACUAUUUGACACCUUUAUUUUCCGCUUUCUGGACUCGAGCACAAAUUUAUUUUUGAACACUUUUUGUUCGUUUAAGCCGCCAUCUUGAUUUUGUAAAUUUUCUGAUCAUCCUUUACAUCAGAAAAUUAAAAAAUAAUGGCAAUUUUUAUUAUUUAUUUCAAGUACUAACCAGAAUUGACUCGUCAAAACUAUUUGACGAACCAAAAUACAUUGAAAUUAAAAAUUUUACAAGAAUCAAAAUUCCACAAUAGCUCAGGUAUUCAUAAUUCAGACCAAAAAAAUUCCUUCAAGUUCUCUAGACUGGAUCGGGCAGAACUUUUCACUUUUACUAUUUGCCUCUCUUAUGGAGAAGGAAAAGCUAAUUUUCAUGGUCCAAAGACCUUUUAGUCAAACUAAGAUGCACGUCUUUUCGCGCUAUUGAAGAGAAAGUUCUAUAUAUAUAUUUUUAUUUACUUUUAAAUAAGAGUGCUAAGAGUAUUUAAUAAUUAUUUUUAGAGCAAAAAAUUGAAUUAAUCUCAUUAAAAUACCAAUUUUUAAUAUUUUUAUUUAUUAGUUACCCCUUUAAACUGUAUAAAUUUUAAUUUGUUUCUUAUUAAAUUAAAUUUUUUUUUUAAAAAUUUUAAAGAAUCUCUAUUUUAUUAGAUUAUUGAGUUUUUAAGCUCUGAUUGAUGACUAAAUCACUUCAUACGGUUGAUUCCGAAGCUUUCUGUCGUCUCAAAGUCUCUGAAAACAACUUCAUUAUGCACAUCUUCCCAAACUUUUGAUAACUAAUAUAUUUUUAUAUAUAUAAAAUUUUCCAUGAUAUGAAAAUCGUUCGAUCAAGGAUGGGGGUUAAUUUUCCCAAUUUUUAGGAAUUUUUACAGUCAAUCGUUCGAUCAAGGAUGGGGGGGAGUAAAAGCUUAUUUGGAGCUGCUCCUAUCUGUUUUGGCGGAGACCCAAAACUUCAUAGUUUUCAAGAGUUUUGUUCCAAUAAAAACGGAUAUUCUAUAGAGAUGAAAUGCGAAGAAUUUUAUUUUAUUAUGCUGCUUAAAAAAGACAAAAUAAACCCAGAGAAAAAAACUAUUCUUUUAUGCCCAACUUUUAUUAUCAGAAAUUUCUUACCAAAUAUGAUGACUAUGAAUUUAUUUUGCCAGAGUCAGUAUCAGUCAAAUGUGGAGGAUUUAGAAAUUGAGUCUGGAGGAAGUGCAUCUGUUUAUAAUGCGUUUAGUGGAUCAGAAAUCCAGUAUUCUGUAAUGGUAGCACCAUAUAUAAGGUCUCCUCAAACGCUAUUAUUUUCUAAAAAAAAGCCGCCUCCAAAAACAAUGACGCUGCUAGAUCCGUUUCUUCAAGAAACAAAAAUAAAUAUAGAAUACCAGCAUAAUGGAAGCAGAAUUUUUACAUUUUAUCCUAUUGCAGUAAUCAUAAACUCCACAGCUCUGCCUUUGUCAUUUUUCUAUAAAAAUGCAGGUGGAGCCAAACCGUUUGCAGGGCAAUGUGAUAGACUAAAUAUAAUUCCUAUUCAAAACGAAAACAAAAUCGCGAUAGGAUAUGAGGUUGCAAAGUCAAAAUUUUUCAAAAUAGACGCAGUAGGGCUGAAAAAUAUUAUAUGCCUUUUUAAUAAAAAUAUAUAGGAAUUUAUCUCAAGGUGAAUAAAAAUUUAUUCUUUUAAAAUAGAUAUAGAAUUUGAGAGUCCUAAAAGAAUAAAAUAUCAAUUUACUUAUGAAGUCACCCUUAACAGAGUCGUUGAAAACGAAAUGCUCUUCAUGAGAGCCGUAAAAAUUGCACCAAGGUUUUUAUUUGUGAAUUUAAUGAAUGAUGAUCUGCUAAUAAAGCAACACAACAGCACAGGCGAGUUUUUAUUAGCUAGAGAGUCAAGGGAACCUUUCCAUUGGAUGGACUCUACAAAAGAUGAAUUAAUUGCUAUCACUAUCCCUGGACAAAUUUGGAACUAUUCAGGCGUUUUUUCUAUAUCAAGCAUAGAAGCUCUGACACUUCAGCUAAAAAAUCUUUAUGAUCCAGGCAUUUUUAAGCUGAUAAAAGUAGAAGUCAGACUUAUCGAAAGCAUUGCAUAUGUAAUGUUCCAAGAAGAAAAUACUGAAAAUUCGUCAUAUAGACUAGAAAACUGCUCCAGCAACUUUUUUGUGUCUAUUUAUCAAAAAGGCUAUAAAGAUGACGAAAGAUGGGUCGACUGCAAUUCUUCGCUGCCUUUUGCAUGGACUGAGCCAUUUUAUGAAAAUAUUUUGGUCGUUGAGUUUUUCUAUGGGUCUUUUGGGUGUAUACCAGAGAGAUAUGAAGAAAUCAAGGAGUUUUCAUUUAAUAAAAAUCGGGUUAACUAUGAGAUUGGUGUGAAUGUUGGGAAAGAAGUGUUUUUUAUAUAUGCAGCGACUUAUAAUCAAGGGUCAAUGAAAAUUCUCAAAAUUUCUGAUUUGCCGCUUAAUGAGGAUUCUAAUGAUAUUUCAAAUAUACAUACUCAAUGAAUGCUGACAAUUCCAUGUUUAGGGAUUUCUUUGAUAGAAAAUUCGCAUGAGCAUACAAGGGAACUUUUAUAUCUAAAUUUCAGCGAUAUCAUUCUAUUAACCCAGCAAACCAAAAAUAUGAACAGAACAGAACUAGCAGUCAAAAAUUUCCAAAUUGAUAACCAAUUAAACCAAAACGCUGUUUUCCCAGUUCUUCUUUACUUUCCAAGCAUUCAAAACAACGCUAUCACUAUGCUAAUUUCUACAAGUACAAAUACAGUGAAAAAUUACUUUUAUUUCGAAACCUUAGAAGUAGUAUUUCAGCCCAUAAAUCUAAACGUUGAAAGCAGCAUGGUAAAGAAGCUCCUUAGUGUCUCUUCCCGCAUACAUUUCAAUAAAGGCGCAAUAGAACUGUCCACUUCCACUUAUACCAAGCAUUUCCAUCCAAGCUGAUCCUUUGAAGAUACUCUUUAUUUAGACUUGACAUUUUAUUUUGAAAGCUUUUCUUUAUCUCCAUCAAAAAUAAUUCUCUCUUAUACCCCUAUUCAAGAAGAAAAAGAAAAUAAAGCAAAAUCCUUUGAUGUCCUCAUAAAAGCUUUAGGGAUGGCUAUCACUGCUGUUGAAGAAGCUCCAAUUGAAUUUUCUGAGGUAAAAAUGACAGAUCUAUAUGGAACGCAAUCACAAAUUAUGUCAGCAUUAACGACUCAUUACAAAACACAAUUAACUGGUGGACUUAUCCAUUUAAUUGGCCAUUCUGUAGUAUUAGGAAAUCCUGUAGGCCUGCUCAAUAAUCUGAAGACUGGAAUUUCUGAUUUUUUCAAUAAGCCUAUUGAUGGGAUGUCAGGAGGGGCGAAAGGGGCUGGAAAAGGCUUUAUCCAAGGUGCAGAUUCGCUAAUGAAAAAUACAGUCCAAGGUGCUUUUGGGACUGUCUCUAUGGUCACUAAUACAGUGGCGACAGGAAUUUCAUCAAUAACAAGCGACAAAGAAUAUAUGAUGGAAAGGCAGCAGGACAAAGUAAAAAAUAAACCAAAAAAUAUUUUCCAAGGACUUGGAAUGGGCGCUUCAUCACUUUUUAAAGGAAUUGGCAAAGGGAUUACUGAUAUCGCCACAAAACCUAUUAAAGGGUAUAAAAAAGAUAAAGGAAAAGGAGCAAUUAAAGAAACUGGAAAAGCUAUGGCAGGGCUCAUAACAAAACCUAUUGCAGGUGUUUUUGAUGCUGUAACACAAGCAGCAGAAGGCAUAAAAAAUAGCGCUAGCAAUAGAAUUCCACCAUCUGCGCACAAAAGGUCAAGACUGCCUAGACCAGUCUAUGGAGAGAAUUCUAUGAUAAAAUGCUAUAAUAAUAAUGACGCAUAUGUAGUAUUUGAAUUAGCGAAAAAAGACAAAACCUUUAUAAAUGAGAAAUUCAUGGCUAUGGACAGUGGGACUGACCAAAAAAGAAAUCAAUGACUUCUUGCUCUUUAUGAGACUAAAAUCACACUUAUUGACGCAGACAGUUUCGCGAUUAAGUGGAUCAUACAUUUAAAAAUGAUUGAAAUCAUAGAAAUUAUGGAAAAUGGAUGUGCGAUUCAUAUUGUUCAGGAUGAAAAUAAUAGAGCUAAAGGCAGAUCAUGCUUCUUCGUACCCAUAAAUACUCCAAGGAUUAUUGAAAUACUAGGAGAAAGAAUUAGUGUGUUUAAAUCUCAAUAA